GCUCUCCCUCAUCUCAUUGUUUCAGACCAGGCCAAAUCUGAGGUCUUUCCAGGGAGUGGCUCUGCUCGUCUUAUUCUCCAGCCAAAGCAGGAACAGUGUGAGAGGAGAGAGACACCUCCAGCCGCCAAAGGACUCGGUGGAAAGAGCAGAACACCGUAGACGAUAUGCUGCUCUCGGGACCAAAGAUGCUGCUGUUUCUCACUGCACUCAUCCUUCCCUCCGAUUGGAUGCCCCUGGGAGUCAAGGGUCAACGAGGAGACGAUGUGACUCAAGUGACUCAAGAAACAUUCACAGAAGAUCCUAAUCUGGUGAAUGAUCCUGCUACAGAUGAAACAGUUCUGGCUGAUGUCGGGCCUUCCACAGAUGACCUGGCCUCGCCCAGUGAUAAAAAUGCCACCACAGAGUGCCGGGAGGAGAAAUUUGCUUGUACAAGACUCUACUCUGUGCAUCGGCCUGUCAAACGGUGCAUUCAUCAGUUAUGCUUCACCAGCUUACGACGUAUGUACAUCAUCAACAAGGAGAUCUGCUCCCGUCUUGUCUGUAAGGAGCAUGAAGUUAUGAAAGAUGAGCUUUGCCGUCAGAUGGCCGGUCUACCCCCAAGGCGGCUCCGGCGCUCCAACUACUUCCGACUUCCUCCCUGAAACAUGGAUUUGCAGAGACCCGGCGGUCUGUGA